UACAAAGGCAGAGGCGCUGAGACGGACGAAGAGCUCUUCUUACUCUCCAGUCACUUCCCUCUUUUGCAAAUUCCCCCAGUCUCUGUUCCUCUUUGUUGACAAAAGAAUCCUUUUUUCCUUUCCCGAAGACAGUUAACGCUCCAUGACGAAGCAGCACGCGAACUGGUCUCCUUACGAUAACAAUGGAGGAACAUGUGUGGCCAUCGCUGGAUCGGAUUACUGCGUGAUCGCCGCAGAUACUCGAAUGUCUACCGGUUACAGCAUUCUCACUCGCGAUUACUCCAAAAUCCAUAAACUAGCAGACAAAGCUGUGCUCUCUUCCUCUGGGUUCCAAGCUGAUGUGAAAGCACUUCAGAAAGUACUUACAUCAAGGCACUUGGUUUAUCAGCAUCAGCAUAACAAGCAGAUGAGCUGUCCUGCUAUGGCUCAGCUUCUCUCCAACACGCUUUACUUCAAGCGCUUUUUCCCUUACUACGCCUUUAAUGUUCUCGGAGGGCUCGACGAGAAUGGUAAAGGGUGUGUGUUCACCUAUGACGCUGUUGGUUCGUAUGAGAAGGUUGGAUACAGUGCUCAAGGUUCUGGUUCGACUCUUAUUAUGCCGUUUCUUGAUAAUCAGCUCAAGAGUCCCAGCCCUCUUCUCCUUCCUGCACAGGAUGCUAUCACGCCCCUUUCGGAACCUGAAGCCGUUGACUUGGUGAAGACUGUUUUCGCAUCUGCCACUGAGAGGGAUAUCUACACUGGAGACAAGCUUGAGAUCAUGAUUCUCAAGGCCGAUGGCAUCAAGACCGAAGUCAUGGACUUAAGGAAAGACUAAGCUGACUUUCCGCGCAUAUGAGUGUUGAGAACACACACCUUUGUUACUUUGUCGUUGGUCAUCCAUAUCAACUGUGUUUGACGUUUAAAACUGUUUCCUUAUCUUGUUAACAGUAACAAAUUCUCGUUGUCUCAUUUAUGAACACACAACCCUCUUGAUUAGCUA